UCUUGCACUGGCAGCAGUCAGCUGUUGUUUCCGUGCGCUGAGCGCGAUUAAAUAAGAAAGCGUUACCGUGUCCGCCGUAAUAAUGCUCUUUAUUAAGUGAAAGACGUGAAUCGGUGCAAUUUUCUUUCUUGUUUCGCUUUGGUUUGAUCGUAUUUCGCACGCAUGCAUGCGGGAUAUCGAUUUCAGUGCGCUGCGAACGAGGGUGAAUGGGGUGAACGAUGUGAAUCAUCCCCCACGGUUGUUGUAUUUAUAUACACAUAUCAAGGUGCAAAAAAUGCCAGAAAUGUAGUGACUGUCGUUCAAUCUCACAAUGGUUUAUUUUAAAGACACGAUGAACAUGCUUCCCGAACCGGAACAGUUCGAGAAGUGUUUUCACGAGUUAUUUCGUCUUCAUCCAGAUAAUCAAAGGCGUCAAGAAUGGAGCAAACUAAAGAAAAAGUCCACCAAAGCGCAAUCAAAACUACGCUCGAAGUUAGAACUCCUCGAAACCGAGUACUACAGCCCCCUAGAGAUGGAACUGCCCGGAAACGCAUCGCAUUUCGCGAUGUUCGCCAGCAUCCGCAUCACGGUACUCGACCGAUGGAUCCGGCAUGCAAACCACGAGUACCUGCAAAGCAGUGGCAGUACUCCCUUGUUGGAUCCAAGCGAAGGCGAUAGCGAAACCGAGGAUAAUACGCAAAGCAGCACGUAUGUGCCGUUGAAAGUCUCCAAGAUCGUUGGCCUAGGCUUGCGAUCGGUGUUUGAAUUAAUCAAAGAGAGUCGAAAUUCACAUCCGAAGUUAUGCACGAAGGCGUUAAUGGCGUUGCUGGAUGUAUUGCAAGGACAACAACCGGAAGGACUCAAAUGCGAGCCGAGCGAUGUGAUUGACCCCUUGUUUGAUUUAUUAUUGGAUUUGGCGACGCUGCAUGGACCGGAAAGUACAUAUCCGAAUGAUGGCAGCCAUCUUACAGCCAUUGCAUGCGCAUGUCUGUUAUCACUGGUUGUUGUUAGGGGUGAUACUGGCAAGUAUUUGGCGGCCACGGCGGCGCUACUGAUGUGUCCGAGAGCAUUAGCACAACAAAAUAUUCAAAUGCCAAUGGUUUUAACAUCUCUGCAGAGAAGUGUGCAUGGUGUAUUGCUCGGAAAAGUGGUGCGACCCGAGUGGAUAACUCAUGGUGUACCACACAAAUCGCUGAUUGAGACAUUUCAAAUUAGAAUGCCAGUUGAAAUUCAAAAUAUUGUGCUUACGGUGAAGUCACUAACCUGCGACGGGCAGUAUUUAUAUCUCUUCACUUCAAAAGGACUCUUCAAAAUUGGUUCUGGUUACGGUGGGACGCUCAAAGGUCAUGUCUAUAUCUGGAAACCGGAUUUCUAUCCGAAUGAUAAAGGAUUUUUACUGUAUUCAUCCGGCAACUUGUACAUGAAGUUAUCAGGCCGACGUGGUAUAGAAUUUCUCACUGUGGAGAAACAAAACCUUUUAAUAAGUGGUUCUGUGCCUUUACACACUCGUGAUGCGAUGGCGAGCGUUGUUUUCUCGGAUGGUGAACAUUUAGGCACAAUAUCACCAGCAAAAGAUGAUGGUUUUGUGGUGCGAAUGUUGAACCAUUCAACGAUCCCUGCGGCAUUGGUAACCGAACUACCCUUAAAACUCGCUCGUAAAUGUGUGGACGCGUUGGGCGUAGCACCCUACGAGGAUGACGUCCAGUGCACCACUGUAAAUCCAGGCAAAGACGAAGAAGUCGCUACCAUAUGCGCGGGGAAAGAGUUUGGUUUGAUUAAAACCGGAAACGGAAAAGUUCUCUACAGUGGCAAAGCGGCGUCAUUGGGUAUUAAACAGGCCGGUUUGAGGACAAGCAAAUGGACCGAGUUAACACUAACGAAAGCUCCAAAAGUCACGCAAGUUUGCGUUGGACAUGAUGGCCUCCACGCGAUUAUUCUCACCGAAGACGGAAGUGUGUUUUUCGCGGGAACGGCACGCCGAGGGGAAGAUGGUGAUAUGUGUAAAGUCCGUCGACAACCCAAGCCGGUUAAACCUAAGAAAAUGAUUAAAGUUGACGGACAACAAAUGGUUUAUGCUGCGUGUAACAAUGGCACAACGGCGUUGAUAAACCGUGAUGGCGAAUUGUUUAUGUUCGGCAAGGAUACGACAUAUGCAGAUGGCGCCACUGGUUUGGUCAAUAACUUGAAAGGGGAAUUUGUUAUUCAAGUUGCGCUGGGUAAAGCGCACGCGAUUGCUUUGACUAGCAAAGGUCAGGUGUUCUCUUUUGGGAUUAAUAACAAGUAUCAAUGUGGCAGAGAUUUUGUUCCGCCAGCCAAAGAAGAUGCUGUGCCUGCUAUAGUAGCAAUGGAUACCUGCGGUAGUCAUGAAGAUCAGGAAGCCUGCGACGAGGAGGAGAUUAAUCGUGCCGUGGAAGAAAUUGAGAAUCAAGCUGGCGGAUCAGACGCGAAUAAUGCCGGCGGUGCAAACGAGGGUGGCAAUCAGGCAAUGUGUCCACCCGGCAUGCAUUCCUGGUUGCAUGACAUGUGCAUGGUUUGCACUGCAUGCAGAGAAUGUACAGGUUACUCCAUAAGUUGCUUAUCUUCGAUUAGACCGGAUCGAAAUCCAGGCCAAGAGUGUGGUUGUGGUGAAGGUGAUUCCGGUUGUGCAAUCUGCGGUGUUUGCAGAAUAUGCGCGCAAGAAAACGUAGACAACUCAGAGUUAACCAUUUUAGAACCGAAUGGAGCUAUCAAUUUAGCAGGUAUGAUGCGUCUGGAUUUAAUUUUUCGUGAUAAAGUCAAAGAACUAGUCCAACCGCGUCAAGGCGCCAAAUUGCAAGAACAAUUGCAACGUCGUUUGGACGAGAAAAAGGCCCGCAGUCGCAAAUCAAUGGCCGGAUCAAGUAAGCAAUCUUUAAAGAUGAAAUCGACAAGGUCUCUGAAUACUCUACCUACGCCGACGCAUCGUCCGAGUGCUUCGCUUCGUCAGGGAAUGCAGUUAGUGAAAGAACAACCAGGUGGCGGAGGUGGUUCCGAUGUCGAGCGUGAAACAGCUCGCAUUGCUUGUUUACCACCUGGUAAAAUAUCUCUACCAGUGGACAGUCCGGUUGUUCAGAUUGCGUGUGGAUUGCAUCAUAGUGUUUUAUUGUUACAAAACGGACAGGUUUAUAGUUUUGGUUCGAACCAGUACGGACAGCUUGGUUGCGGAGAUAUCUUAGCGAAAGGCAACGUGCAACUAGUGAAAUUACCUUGUAGUGCUGUACACAUCGCGGCUGGGAGCAAUCACACUGCCAUUUUGACAUCUAAAGGUGAAGUGUUUACGUUCGGGAAUUAUCAAAAGGGACAGUUAGGCCGAGUGCCACCGUCCUGUUCGCCUCAGGACCAACCGGGGCAAAGUUCCGCCAAGUAUCAAAACCCGCGCACGCCGUGGUAUUCCAUCCCAGGCGCUAUACCAAAUGUUGGGCCUAGGCAUGGAAGAAGAGCCACGUGGGUAGGAGCGUCGGGAGAUCAAACUUUUUUGAAGAUUGAUGAGAGUUUAAUUAAUACAGUCAGUUUGUCCAAGUCAACAGUCACCGCAAACAAGAAUUGCAUUAUGUUGAUACCAAAUCAAGUCGAGAACACUUCCAACUUCAAAUGUUUGGUGAUCAACAAACGUGAUGGCAAUUGCAAUUCGUUUAAAGGUAAAGAACAAUCUGAUUUCUACAAUAAGAGUGUUUGUCUCGACCCGAUUUACAACGUGCUUUGGUGUUACAAUCCGGUAAACCAUGAGAUUUCCUAUUAUAACAUAAUAUCAUCGGAAAUACGCGUGAAAAGUUCCAACAGCAUUGAAACAGACUACAAACUACUCACAGAUGUUCACUCUAUGACUCCAUUGAAUCAUGAAGAACCCCCUUCGGACAAUUUCAACUUGUCUACGAUUUUAAACCCUGAACUAGCGCUACCCUUUGUAUCUAAUUGUCAUAUCAGCAGAUUGCAAGCGUCGAUUAAUCUUCUCUGCUGUUUGGAUACGCUAACAAUUGCACAUGAUCUACAAAUGUCCGCCAUUAAGGAAGAAACUGAGGAGAGAACGUUAGUAUCCGGUAAGCAAUACAGCCGUGAAGAUUUCCAAGCAGUUAACCGGUUUGAAAGUCAUGGGGGUGGAUGGGGUUACUCUGGGCAUAGCAUCGAAGCAAUCCGAUUCAUGGCGGAUACUGAUAUACUCUUGGGAGGAUUUGGAUUGUUUGGUGGGCGUGGGGAAUACACGGGAAAGUUGAAACUCUUGGAUAUAGGUCCUGAUGGUGGUGAGCAGGAAGGUGAUGGUGAUUUACUUGCGGAAACCGAAGAAAUACCUUAUGAAUGUGGUCCAAGGAUGAAGUAUCCUAUGCUGUUUGAAGAACCUGUUCAUCUGCAAGCUCAUAGAUGGUAUGCAGCGUGGUGUCGAAUCUCAGGGCCGAGUAGUGAUUGUGGAUCGUCCGGUCAAACGAUGGUGACGACCGAAGAUCAAGUCGUGUUUUAUUUCAAAUCUUCGAAAAAGUCUAACAACGGUACGGAUGUCAACGCUGGGCAAGUCCCUCAGUUAUUAUACAAGGUCAUAACACCAGAGAAUCAAAGCCCACCGCGACAGGUUGAUGUAACAGAACCGAUUCACAUUCUAUCCAAAGAUUUCUCCAGGUGUGUUACCAAGGAGUGCUUCCAGAGUUUGUUGUCGCUACUGCAAUGGUCUUGGAAUACUUUCAAGAUGGGUGUUGCUGAACACAAUGGUUCUCAUAUGUACACAGCUUUAGAAUUGGAUAGACUGGUGUACAUCUCAAGGUCAAGUUUGAGAUUAAUCAGAACCUAUACGAAUGAGAUUUAUCCGAAUCAAAUCAAUCGAAAGAUUCCUUUGGAAAAUGUGCAUUUGGCUGAGAGCGUCGGCGAUGUGCGAGUGUUGCUGAAGCAAAUUUUAUCGGAUAGUGUGCCGAUGAAUAAGAAAUCCAGUAAGGCAAAGCCGAAAGUAGGCGCGUUAUACGCAAAGAUGAUUUCUAGUAUUCUGGAAGAGUGUCAUGCGACAUUCGUUGCGUGUUUUCAUGCAUUUUACCCCACUGCAUACCUAAAAUGGACAAGUCUGUGUGAUUUGCUCGCGGAGAUUGACAAUGAGAGUAAAACCGAGUCAAUUACACCUUCAAACAAUCAGAGACUUCUCAGCGCCGUCCUCUGCGCGCUUUGUGGACCAACCGUACGUCUUCGAACAACAUUCCCUCUUUUAGGCAGUACUCUUCUAUCAGAUUCAUUACAUCGCGGGUUGAGUCCGUCUGAUAAUACCGGUCUGCCAAUGAUGAGCGGCUCCGAUUCGCAUUACUACCCGAUCCUGGUGGAACAAAUGAGUUACCGCAGUCAGAUGGAAUCUUUAUCAUCCGGAUUUACUUGGUCUUGGCGAGAAGUCCUCGACGCUCUUUUAAAUUUAAUCACUGAACCGGUAUAUAAAGCUUUGCGUCGUGAAAAGAUCACCACGCUACCGUCACUCACCCGAUAUUGCUGUCAUUUGAUGACCAGAGUAAUUGCUGAGUUGGUUCAUCAAUGCAGCGCUACUGAAGAAGACUGGCAGAGUGGAUGCGGUCGAAUGAUGCAUAUGACACCAUCGAGAUUCACUCGUACGAAUCAAUCGAGGACAUGGAAUACGGGGAAUGGGUCUCCGGAUGCGAUUUGUUUCCAAGUUGACAGACCUGGUAUUUCCAUUGUGGGUGUGACUGUCUAUGGUGGGAUUGGUCAUUAUGAAUACGAAUUGGAGUUGUUGGAGGAUCAGAGUUUGGUGAGUGCGAAUGAGGGGCAUGCGCAUACGCAACGUUGGAAUAGUUUGGAAAUCACACGUGGUUCAUUUGGCCCGGAGGAUUUUGCGCCGGAUAUGACUGAUAUUAAAUUCGAACGAGCAAUUGCAAUCAAAGAGAAUAUGAAGUAUGCGAUACGGUUGAGGAAUCAUGGCGGGCGUACCAAUAAUGGCGAUGGUGGUUUAACCUCUGUCAAGGGUACGGAUAAUACGACGUUUACUUUCUCAACUUGUUCGCUGAGUUUCAACGGGACCACACUCACGCGUGGACAGAUUCCGAUGAUUCUGUAUUAUAGUAAUCCGGUGGAAUGUGCGCGGACAUCAUCGACCAAGUUGGAACAUCAAGCUAGAAAGGGUGCAUUGAACAUGACACAAGCAAUUGUCCAAAAUGCUUGUAAACUGUUUGCUCUUGCCAGGGAUAGAGCAGAUGAGGCACCUGCAGCUGAAAUUUUAUCCGGAUCUGAAGUUGUGCGCACUUUACUGCCUUUGGUUAUGGCUUAUAUUAGUCCAUUGGCAACAUCUGAUCCAAGGAGCGCUGUCAAAAUUCUUGGGUUUAUCCAAGAAUUACUUCCACAUGUUGGGGCUCUGAAUCUUCUCGCCGGUACACAAUUCGAUCUUGAUUUGACAAACACCACGAGUCAACACUACACAUGGGUGCAGUCCGACCAUCCGUAUAAACCUGCUACCGUUUGUAAUUAUCGAGUCAAAUUUCCCGAGUCCGUAAAAUGGAUGUCGGUUGAGUUUGAUCCGCAAUGUGCGAUGGCCCAACCGGAAGAUAUGCUGCAGUUGUACAUACCUUGUCUACCAGGGUGCGCCACUUCCGAGGAUGAGGACACGCCUCCGUUGCCGUAUUGGCCGGUGGUUCACAAGUUUAGAAACUACAGCCAGUGGCCGCAAAACUCCAUCAUUCUACCGGGACACGAAGUUCUCUUCUCUCUGGAGACUGCGUCGGAUUAUCUGAAAGAUGAGAAAGCAAGUGCGUACGGAUUCAAAUGCUUGGUGGUUGGUUAUGAGUGGCCGCCGCCCGGAUCAAACAUUCAAACUUGUUUCGCCGGCCUGAAACAACUCGAAGCGGAAGUUUCUUUCCUCGGGGGAAUGUGCGCGGCUAGUUUAAUCAAAAAAGAACUGCAAUUGCCUGUGAUUGGUUUAUCACGGGAUGAUUGUGAUACUGAUGUUGAAAUGGCCGAAUCAGUUGCUGCGCAGACAUUAGCCGCACAUGGAAGUCUUCUAUCCAAAGGUUUGGCCCUUGCUGCUCCACCCACAGUCAUGCAAGCGAUGGACGGAAUGAUGCCGUUUGGUGUCCAUUCGAAUGAGCGUCUCUUCCUGCGGGAUUUCGUCGGCUGUGUGGCAGGAUCAAGCGGUGGAAGACUUGCACAAUGGUUGCAGCCCGGAAGUCGCGUGGAUCCAUCGAAGUGUCAUGUUAUUUACGCGCGCGAAGAACUGCGUUGUGGCUGGCCCGCCAUUAUUACCGUCAUUACAUGCGACCAAUAUAAAGAUGUCGUUCAUGUGCCCAAUAUGCGCGUAGAAGUCAAAGCAAUUCCAAUUGAUAAGAAGGAAUUGGGGGAUUGCGAUGCCGGUCGGAAAAUGCGACGGGUGAGUCAGCCCGAUCCGUUGACUUUUGGUGGGUUACCACCGCCUGGUCUACAUCAUGCGUAUGAAGCGACAACGCGUGAUAAAAUGUGUUUCCAUUCGAUAACAGUCAUGAAACCAUAUCAGAAUUACUCAUUUGAAGAGUUGAGAUAUACUUCACCGCCGGUCAAAAGAGCUAGUGAGAAUAUGCUGGUGAGGCCCAAUAGUGAUGGUACUUAUAGCGCUACCUGGACACCUGCUUCCAUCGGAUGCUAUUCUAUUUUGAUUAACAUCGACGGAUUUGAAAUGGAGGAGCAGUUUAAGGUUGAAGUAAAAGAACCUCCACAGGGUAUGACACCACCUAGUCAGAAUUUAGCGAAGAAAUCUAUUCAUCAACCCAGUAAGCUAAGGAAAUUUGUCGCGAAGAAUUCAGCUGGGUUAAGAAUACGUGCGCAUCCUUCACUGCAAAGUGAACAGAUUGGCGUGGUUCAUGUUAAUGGUACUAUUGCGUUUAUCGAUGAGAUUCAUAACGAUGAUGGAGUUUGGUUGAGGUUAUCUGCGGAUACGAUAAAACAAUAUUGUAACAUACCCAUAAUAGAAGCAUGGUGUCUGCAGUAUAAUCAACAUUUGGGAAAGACUUUAUUGUUACCUGUUGAAGAACCCAAGUCUAUUUUAGAUCAAGUCAUCAGUGAGACAAUUAUGUGGAAGUUACCGGAAAUUCAUGAUAGGAGAAAGGCUUCUACUGGUUUCCACGGUGGAUAUCAGGUGAUUAAAUGUGGUGCAUCCGGGCAUAAUGUACGUUCUCGACCGAGUUUGAAAGCACCACCUGUUGGAAUGCUCGUAUUGGGUAAUCGCAUCGGGGUUAGUGAGUAUGUGGUCAAUUCAGAUGGUUGUUGGGUGCAUUUGGAUCAGGCGACGAAAGAGAAAUACUGUUUUAAUACUGAUGGUGAGGCGUGGUCGCUUGCGAUGGGGCAUAAUAACACUUUGUAUUUGGGGAUUGUUAACCCUAAAGAUAUGGAGCCGUCCGUAGCAGGUGUCACCAAAAAGGGUUACGAGUUUAGUUCUUCUCCCACUCCUCCGGAUAAUCACUUUACGUUUAAUCCUGGAUUAGGACUUGCUAGUCAGGUCCCACCGCAAAAGAUUGAAUCUGGUGGUGCGGCUGGUAAUCCCUUUGUUUUUGGGGAGGCGCCAAGAAGGGAUGAAUCUCCUAGAGGUGAUUUACCGAAGGUCCCAAAGAGAGAAAAAAAAGAAUCAAAAUUAUCUAGUCUACCGAAGUGGUUCAAGACUGAGGAAAAUAAAGAACCUGAGUAUAGUGGGGUGUCGGUCAAGGAUUUAGUAAAGGCCAUUGGUGAAUCCAGAGCGAAUGGCAAUGGUGUUACUCCUCCGGAUACACCGAAGAGAAGUUGUAGUCCAAGAAAUGCUUCUCCAAAGUUGGGUAGUCGGUGUUCAUCACCGGUUUCGAUACCACAAAGGUCGGGUGGUAUUGCUGGAGUUGCCGCGGAGCAAGGGGCAGGCUCUGGAGGUUCUCCGCGAAGCAUUGGAGUUUCACCAUUGGUAACAGGCCCGGAUACUUCAGUCAGAAGUGGGUCUGAUACAAGCGCGUUUGUAAGCAGUAUCACAAGGGAUUCUCCAUCUAAUCAACCUAAUCUAUCACCGAGUCCUAGUGGAAGUAGCCUUCAUAUGCGCACUGAAAGCCCUAAAGGUGAGACUUCUCUUGAGAUUACCUCAGAUGGUCCAGUUUCAAGUCUUUUACAAGACCAGGGAAGUCCAUCAAAAAAGCUAACGCAAACGGGGACGCAGACCUCACCAGAAAACUCCAGUAAUGGUCUUCCUGUCAAAGGAGGUUUUUCUAUUGGAACUGCUGGACCUACAAGUAAAGAAGAACGGGUUUCACCAAAAAUGAUCCGUAAAGACAGAUCCAUCACGAAACAACGCACCAAGAGAGCAAUAUCCCCCGCCAAUUUUCAACAACUGCCUGCAACUAGCAAAGUGCAGUAUCCCACCAAUGAACCCACUAAAGAAGCAUUGAGUCCAUCAGUAGCUGAAUCUUUAAGAGCCGUUUUUGCUGCUUUCUUGUGGCAUGAAGGAAUCGUACACGACGCCAUGGCAUGUGCGUCAUUUUUGAAGUUUCAUCCAACUUUACCCAAAGAAGGCGCCACUGUUGUAACACGUCAUAACGCAACGCAUCCUUUAGAAAAACGCACCCAGGAACUUACCAAGGAAGAACGUGCGCGACAAAGACAUUCGGUUGAAGUCUCCAAUGCAGGCAACUAUCUUCAUAUUCAACCGUCAACUUUAGAAUCUCUGACCAGAUCCGCCGCCAAUGCAAGUGCGAACCGCAGUCGAAAUCGGAAGUUAAACGAAACUAUCAAAGAGGAUGUUACAACAGAUUCUACUGGGUACCAAACGCAAACUAUAUCAGUACUGCCGCCAGCGUUAAAAUGUUUGGUGUAUUUGUGGGAAGAGCUCACGACAAAUUGCAUGGCGGCCAUUACGCAGCAGAUGUUUGCAUCCACACCCACACAUGUGAACAAAUCAAAAAAGUAUGAAAAAAUGUGUUCAUCCAAAGACAGAGACCGUGACCGUGAUAGGGAUAAGGUCGACAAGGAUAAGGAUAAAAACAUUGCGAUUGAAAAGGAGUGCAAGAAAAAGAAGAAGAAACCAGUGGUCAAAAAUUAUUUAGACGAAAUUGGAUUGUCAAGUUUUCUACAGUCGGCAAAUGAAAGGGAAACAUUGUGCGAGUUGUGCGGGGAGUGUUUUCCACAUCCUGUUACUUAUCACAUGAAACAAUCACAUCCUGGAUGUGGGCAUCAUUCGGGUAGUAAAGGAUACAACUCUGGCGGGAAUUAUUGUUUGGGAUGGGCAGGCAAUUGUGGCGAAGGUGGUGUUCCUGGCAGCAGUUGGUAUCUGCUGUGUGAGGGAUGUCGUGAGAAGUUUAUGAAAUCAAACAAAUCACUCAUCCGAAGCAAAUCCAGCUCUCGUAGGAAGAGUCCUUUUGUAAGAUCCUUAAUUUCCCCCACUACCAGCAUUGGAACGGACGCGCAUAUUAUUAUGAAAAAUAACGCCAUGUUUUUAUUGGAUCUGGCAAGUGCGGCCGAUACUGGAAUGUCUCCACCUCGUCGUCAAUCCCAAAUCAUGCCGUCGGUCUCAGAAAACAAUUCUCCACCGGAUGUAUCGGGCCCGUUUAGUCCACUACCACCAUUUCAAUGCCUGGAAGCCUUGGGAGCGUAUUGUUUGGAAGACACACCUUUCUACGAAGAGGUUCUACGACGGCAAAGUGUGUGCGAGAAUUUUCUACCAGGACCAGGUCAAACCAACGGGCAACGACCUUUAUCCGACGCAUCUUUACAGGAUGAUGGCACUGAUAUUUCUCGUGGAUCCCGUUUUCAUCGAUCCGUUUCAAUGGGAACUAAUGGCAUACCUUGGUUAAAGGCGGGUCUUGAUGGGCGGGUUAUAAUGCUACGUAAACGCAAUAAUAGCAGUAGUGAAGCAAUUAACGAGGGUGGGUCAUCACUACUUUGUCAUCCUUCUGCUACACUUCAAAAACUUGUUCCCAAAAUGGACGGCUCUUCGAUUGUCCCCACUAACAGCCAAUCAAAUCACUCCUUGAAUUCUGAAAAUAACCUGGAAACAUUGACGCUGCUCCAAAGGCCAGUCAUGAUGUUUCUUGUACAGCAACAUGAUUUGGAAUCUUUACAGCUUGCAAUGAAACAAGCUCUGCGGAAGGCAAUGUGUAGAGUUUACGCAAUGCAGGCUCUUAACUGGUUGUUGAAAUCUGUUACGCAACCUGUUUGUCUGCAUGAUUUGCUGUGGUGGUUUAUAACUUCUCUCACACCGGUCGAAUUGGAGUCGGAUAGCGAUGAUGAUAACAAACCUGUUAAGAAAUUGGACGAUCAAGAAAUGCGUAUUUGUGACCAUCCAUUGUCAGAUAUUAGCAUUGCAGGAGAGGCUGUACAUCCGCUGCCUAGUACUUUUCACAAUUUACUACAGACCAUCGCCGAUCUGAUGGUACUUCUACCGAUGGGUUCCGCUCUGCAACAAAUGGCGGUGCGAUGUUGGGGAUUGCGUUUUGCUCCAUCAGACCAUUCUUUCCUACACAGAUCACAGGUGUUUAGCAAUAUCAGCAAGAUUUUAUCGAGAAGUGAGGAAAUUGAAGACACCACAGUCUCUAUGCAUGAGAGUAGCAUUCAUCAACAGGUUUCCGUGGAGAGUCUGAAGGAUUUAACGCCAUUAGUGGAGAUCAAGGCGAGCAGCCGUCAGGCAAUGGUGGGGUCUUUGUUAGAUGGUAGUACGGAAACGUUUUGGGAGUCAGGCGAUGAGGAUCGGAACAAAACAAAGAGUAUUGUUAUCGCUUGCGGUCAAGGACAACAUCCGCGAUUGGUAUCUGUUCACAUUGACAACUGUCGUGAUUUAGCGAACAAAGUAACAAGUGUUGUAAUUUAUGCUGGAACAAAUUCUGACGAACUAACUAAACUACGUAACGUAGAAAUUGAGACUCGGUUGGUUGGAGGUUGGGUUAACUGUCCCAUAAUGGAGGAUCAUAACGAGUGCGUGAUCCGACUGGAAUUUAAAGGUCCAGAUAACUCCAUUAGAAUUAGACAAAUGCGUGUUCUUGGCUACGUAGACGGUGAGAGUAUAAAGGUGGGCAAACAAUACAACGCCACCACCAUUCAACAGCGUAAUUGCGAAUCGGAAACUUUGCGCGUGUUUCGGCUGAUUACUUCUCAAGUAUUUGGCAAACUCAUUGCCGAACAACAAGCGAACGCGGAUAAGGAUAGUCCAUCACUAUCAAUGAGCGAAGGAAUGGAUCCUUUGGAAGAGAGCAAUGAUUUGAAAGAACAUAUGGUUGGGAUACUCUUCAGCAGAAGUAAACUUACUCACCUGCAAAAACAGGUGAUUGUGCACAUUGUUCAGGCUAUUCGAAAAGAAACUAUGCAUUUGCGGGAAGAGUGGGAGAUGAAUAUAUACACUCUUACAACAUCGACUUCCGGUUCGGGUACAGCUACUACAGGAUCUACAUGCGGCAGCAAUCCGGAGAUUGUUAUUCCAUACCAAGAUACACCUAAGUGUUCAGAUACUUAUUGCUUUGAGAUGUUGUCCAUGGUUCUGGCACUUUCGGGAAGUUCAGUUGGGAGGUCAUACUUAUCCCAACAGGGUGGGCUCAUUGGAGAUUUGUUGAGUUUAUUGCAUACGGGAAGUGCCCGGGUUCAAAGGCAAGUGACUUCAUUGCUAAGGCGAAUACUCCCAGAAAUCCCACCUGAAAACUUUGCCAAACUUGUGGGUGUGGUUAAUCUUCCACCGAAAGAUUUCAGCGUCGCUUGCGUUUCGAAUAAGGCAGAAAAUGACAAAUUUGAUACUAAUACUCCCGGCAUAUUGGAUAUAUUUUUGAGUGUUAUCGCCAAGGCGCUGACCGUACAAGUUAAACUCAAAAGUAAGAAUUCUUCGGGAGUUUCUGCGAAGGACAUCAAUACAGUCACUUUAAAUGGAACUCUCAACCCUAAGGAUUGUCCCAAAACAAGAUGGUGGCUUCGUGGUAGUGUUAGUCAAAAGCUGGCCGAAGUCAUUGUACAUUUAAUCAAAGAUUUAGCUUCGGGUAAAUUAUCUGAACCAUGGGCGAAUAUAACUAAGGGUGCCAUUGCUCAGAAUAUUUUAAAUCUUACUCAGCUCUCAGAAGAUCAAAGAAUACCGAAUGCUUGUCUGCGUACCCCAACUUUGUGGUUAGCGUUGGCAUCACUUUGUGUUUUGGAAAAGGAUCACGUGGAACGCUUAUCUUCUGGUCAAUGGAGUAAACCGGACGGACAACCAUCGCAACCGCGUCCAACGUGUACCAAUCACGAUGACGGCGAAACUAACGCUGUUAUACAGUGCAAUGUAUGCGGUAAUCUGUGUGCUGAAUGCGAUCGUUUUCUUCAUUUACAUCGUAAGACUCGUAAUCAUCAACGUCAAGUAUGCAAAGAAGAGGAGGAAGCUAUUAAAGUCGAAUUACACGAGGGUUGUGGCCGUACAAAGUUAUUCUGGUUACUUGCAUUGGCAGACGCUAGAACUUUAAAGGCGUUGAUUGAGUAUCGUGAGGGCGGGACGCGUACAAGAGGGGCAGGUGCUACAGGAGUAUGUCGUUUUUGCGGUGCAGUUGGCAGUUCUGGGUUGUUGGCGAUUGGAAAUGUUUGUGCCGAUCAAGAGUGUCAGGAAUAUGCGAAAACUGCUUGUUCAAAGUUAUUAAAUUGUGGGCACAUGUGCGGUGGGGUUCAAAAUGAGAGCACAUGUUUGCCUUGUUUGCAUGGAUGCUCGCAGGAAGCAACUUUACGUCAGGACGCCGACGAUAUGUGCAUGAUUUGUUUUACGGAGGCGCUGUCUUGCUCGCCUGCGAUUCAAUUAAAGUGCGGGCAUGUUUUCCAUCUGCAUUGUUGCAAAGCGGUGCUUACCAAGAGAUGGAUUGGGCCUAGAAUUACUUUUGGGUUUUCGCAAUGUCCAAUUUGCAAGGCUGGUAUGGAACACGAAGUAUUGAAAGACCUUCUGGCUCCCGUUGAAGAUCUUUACAAGGAUGUACGUCGAAAAGCAUUGAUGCGCUUAGAGUACGAAGGGUUGCACACAACGGAAGCUAUUGUUGCGCCUGGCGCACGGUUCUAUAACGACCCAGCGACGUAUGCCAUGGAUCGCUAUGCUUAUUAUGUUUGCUACAAGUGUAACAAGGCAUAUUAUGGUGGCGAAGCACGAUGUGACGCGGAAAUUGGUGAACAGUACGAUCCAAGAGAGCUGGUGUGCGGUGCUUGUUCAGAUGUAGCAAGAGCGCAAAUGUGCCCAAAGCAUGGAACAGAUUUCUUGGAGUAUAAAUGUCGUUACUGCUGCUCAGUGGCGGUUUUCUUUUGUUUCGGUACGACGCAUUUCUGUAAUCCGUGUCAUGACGACUUCCAGCGCGUUACCAACCUGCCGAAGAAUGAAUUACCGUUUUGUCCAGCUGGACCGAAAGCUAAACAACUCGAGGGCGAAGAAUGUCCACUUCAUGUGAAACAUCCUGCCACAGGAGAGGAGUUUGCCUUGGGUUGCGGUGUCUGCCGCAACGCGCAUACAUUCUAACUCUUAUUUAUUUUACAUUCUACCUUGUCUUAGGAAUCGCCUAUAGAAUUUUUAUACCUCACGAUUUUCUUGAAUUAUGCGACUUUAUGCGAAUUAUUUAUUAAACUAGAAUAAUGCACAAA